GUUGACGUAUUUGGAACGAACACCAAAGAACCCACAACACUAGCGAAAUUAAAUCAACUAUCGUAUUUGGAAAUGACAGUAAAAGAAACAUUACGUUUAUUCCCAUCAGUUCCGUUUAUCGGUCGAAAACUUUUAGAUGACAUUGAACUAACUGAGAAUCGAGUAAUUCCAGCCGGUUCAAACAUAAUAGUUCCGAUUUAUUCCAUGGGUCACAAUGAAAAAUACUUUGAAGAUCCAGAAACAUUCAGACCCGAAAGAUUUUUGGUCGAACGAUCGAUGGAAAAACAAAAUGCAUUCACUUACAUCCCAUUUUCAGCCGGACCGCGCAAUUGUAUUGGACAAAAGUUUGCUAUGUAUGAGAUCAAAAGCAUUGUAUCGAAAAUUCUGCGCAAUUUUGAAAUUGUGUUAACUAAUGAAAGCGAAACGUAUCCGGUUUUGUGUUCAGAGCUUGUACUGCGGUCGGAUAGCCGAAUAAGCUUCUAUUUCAAACCAAGGGUCUAUUAAAUAUUUUCUUAUUAUUUGUAAGUGUUCUUUUGACGUUUUCACUGUGUAAAUUACUUUGAAAAAAUUCAUUUCUUCUGUUGCAUUUUCUAUUCAUUGAGAAAAAAAAAUCGUAUUUUGGAAAAUAAAAAAAAUGUGUGAAAAUUUA